CUUUCUUGCUGCCAAAUUUCAAAUGUAGUUUGACAUCUUCCGAGUUAUUCCACCUGUGGCGCUAGUUCGAAAAUCUGCUCGAUCUGCUCCGAGUCCAUCGAUGACAGUGACAUGUUUUCAUUCUCGCAUUGGUUUAUUUACAUCUGUAUUUUCAAUUUAACAAUUUAACCAAGGAAAAGGGAAUUUUUAUAAUUCGGUGAACGCACGAACGGGUUUUCUUUGGAACUGUUUUUUCGUAGAAUUUCCGUUGGACAAUGGACUUAAAAGAAGCGGUAAAAGGACGAUCGGAUGCAGUGGAUAGCAGCGUAUUACAUGCCAGUACACAUGUCGGACAUAUGGUCAAAGUGAAACAGGAAGUGGACGACGAAUUUGAUGUGACUGGGCAUAAUUUCCAAGAAGUAACCAAAACAAUAAAGAAAGAAGCUGAAGACGAUGCUGCUGCUGAAAUUGAAUACACAAACGAUGGGCCAUCACCAAUGCUAAUGUACGAUUCUGAUCCACAAUCACUGGACAUCAACGACAGUUACGAUCAAUACGAAAUAGUCAUAAAAGCGGAACCCCAACUGGACAUAAGUGACGAGUUAGAGAAUGAACUGAUCGACCAAUUGGAUCCUAGCCAGAAGUAUUCGUGCAGCCAUUGUGACUUUGAGACCGAACUGAAAUACUAUCUAGACAUCCACAAUGAAGUGAUGCAUCCACAAGAUAAAGGCUGUAAUCCCGUCGAUCCAUCCGACUUAUCAUGCCCGCACUGUGAUCACGAGGCAAAUAGCAAGUUAAGCCUAAAGCGGCAUAUAACAGCGAAUCAUGUGGUCGGCGAAAAACGAUACGCGUGCUACAUCUGUGAUUUUAGCACUGGCAACCUUCUCAUUCUACAGUCUCAUCGGGCAUGCCAUAGAAGCGACGAAACAUAUUCCUGUCCACGCUGCAAAACAUUCAAAUCUACGCAACUGGCCGUGAUGCGUGCACAUGAUCGCAAGCACUUGUCGAAGAUGUCACAACAGAAACUAUUGUUCUGUGGAGAGUGUGACUACCGAAGUUUCUUCAAGUACAGCUUGAAAAUGCAUUCGAAAGUGCAUUUGAUUGAGAGGCCACCAGAGCCAAUACACUCGUGUACGCUGUGUGAUUUUCAGACAAAACGACUUCGCGUCUUAAAAGUACACCACCAGCGCAUACACCUGCACGAGGAACCAUUUCGUUGUCGCAUCUGUGAGAAUACGUACUCGUCGAAUGGAAGCUUGAGUAGACAUUUGAAAACACACUCGAAGGAAGAGCAUUUUAUCAAGUGCACCGAAUGUGACUAUAAGACACUACAGUACAGCUCAAUGAAAGGUCACAUGAGAACUCAUUCGAAGCUUCCAACAAGGUAUACGUGUGAUCAUUGUGACUUUACGACACUACGUAAAACAAUUAUGCAAACUCACAUGAAAAUGCACAGAAAGGCGAUGACCUGUUCACACUGUGACUUUAAGACAUAUGUGAACUCAGCCUUCAAGAAACAUCGUUGUCCCGUCGGCAAAUAAAGAACAUCAUCGAGAAGAGUAAUGGCACAGCUCUGCUCCUAGCAUAAGCAUACGAAAUAUCAUGAGUUGUUACUCAUACACACUUAUACAUGCUUGAAAACUUUGAGUUUUUUUUGACGUUGGAAAAAUGAAUGUUCGUGCUAAGAGCAGUGCUAUGCUACUACACAUAAUAUAGGAUCAAUGAGUUUUGGUUAAUGUUUUAAUCGGUUAACUAUUCAACCUACGAUAUUUUUGUAAAAUAAACUUUUUUGAUUUCAAUAA